UCUUCUUAUUGGAGGACGCUCUCUUUCUUUCUUUCUUUCUUUCAUUUCUUUCUGCUUUGAGUCUGAUUGGUUUGGUUGUUCUUCUCCAAAUUCAUCUUCUUGAAUUCUUCGGUUUCGAUCGAUUCUCUGAAAAAUUCAGUGUUCGAUCCGUAUUGAUUUAUCGAUUUUGUAGCGAUUCCGUCCAUAGCGCGAGGAAUUUUCUAGGGUUUCUGAGUUUCAGACAUGGUUAACUACGAGAAACAGCAAUCGCUCGGUGACCGCGAGAUAGAGGACGUGGAUCUCGUGGAUCUUGCCGAAGGCGGUGAUUUUGAUGAUUCAAGCGAUGUGGAGGCCUUCGAGGCUGGAACUUCUGGGGAAUCGGGAAGGUCUGGUGAUGGUGAGCUUGCGGAGCGUUUGACGGAGAUUCUUAUGGCCGGAGGGGAUGGAGAUCUGUUACUUGCACAGAGCGGUCCAGAAGUCAGGGUGCUUCAGUUUCUCCAGGCUUUGGAUUUGCAGAUUCUGGGGGCAUGUCGCGCCGAUGAGAGGUUAAAGCCCUUGCUGAAGCUGAACGUCUCGUGCGAUGCUGCCGAGGACCGCUUGUUGGCUCAUCUAAGUCAGCACUUUGAGCCAUCUGAAGUUGGCAUGCUAGCAAGGUGCCUGUGCAUUCCACUUGUUUCCAUUCGUGUUGGAAAGAUUACCAAGCAAGGAACGCUGUUGUGCCCAACCGCAACAAGGGGGAUUUUGAAUCUCACUCUCUUGCCAACAUCUGAUUUGCGCAUCUCAUUCAUUGCGGAUAGUGGCCAUACUGAGAGACUGUCAACUUUAAGCAGUGACUCUCAGUGUUCUGCUGUGAUAAUUGAAGGAAUCCCAGCAGACAAAUCUGGCCGGUCCUUCCUCAUUAAGAUACCUAAUGGAGAGACGCUCUAUUUUUGGUGUUCAGAGAAGUCAAAACUUCUGGGUGAUGAGCUGCUGUCAAAGAUGAAGGAUCUGCUUAAAAAGAAGCCCUCACUUGCUGAACUAACUGGAAUUAGCGAGUCACGCCUUGACUCUUUUGCAACUCAUCUCAAAGCUUAUCUUGUUGGAUCAUCUGUGACCAAAACACAGGCCAGUUCUGCUGUCACAGUUACACUUCCCUCAGAUUUGUCAUCAGAUAUUUCUGCACCUUGUCGGAACGCCACCAUAUCCUCAUCCUUGGCUUCAAAAUCUCUGCGUGUUCGACCGUGUGGGAGUCAAUCAGGAAGAGUAAUUCAAUGCCAAGGCAGCCUCAGUCCAAGGUCAAGUUCUUUUAAAGAGGGCCUGCCAAGAAAUUUCUCCUCCUUGAGAAAUGUUGCCCGAGAAAUACUAAAGCGAUGUGAUGGCCAGCUUUCUGCUGCGGAAAAGCUGGCCGUUGCUUCACCCGUUGCCUCUGAUGCUUCUACUCCUAGUUCUAGUGGAAAGGACAAGCUUCCUGAAACACCCAUAAAAAACUCCUUCGCAGAUUUAUCUGGUUCACCUGGGAAAUCUGCCUUCCCACCCUUUUUGAGCCCAACGUCCCAAGUCAAUUCCGUAGCUUCAACUCUGUUAUCUCCCUAUUACUGCUGGUGCCCGCCUAUUGCAUCGACACUGCAAUAUACAGUUGCACCUCCACAGCUGCCCAUUUCAUUGAGUGAUUCACUUUCACUUUCUCUACCUCCACUUUCUUCGAUGCUGCCACCUACCAGGUCUUCGAGUGUGUUGACGCCAGCAUCACCCUUCAAUGUUGCCCAAAUCCCGCCUAUUGAUUUCCCGCCAUUGCUUCCGGAGCCACUAGUCCGGCUGCCCAUCUCUAGGUCAAGUUCACAGCAGAUCCCGACAUUCACACCUUUAAUCUGUGACCCUAUCGUCCACAUUCCUGUCAUCGAUGUGUGCUCCUCUGGGCAAGGCUACCUUGUUAGUGCAGGUCCUGCUAUCUCGACUACCCUUCCACCUCUACUCCCGAAACUUGUCAACCCAUUGAUCCCAGAAAGUAAUUCUGUCAUUGAAGAGGGGGCAAGAGAGACUCUGCGGCUGCUUAUCAGUGGUUCUAGCCAGUCUAACCCGCCUUUGAUGAGUGUGCUGCCUUCUGUUCUGGCAGGCAGCGAUAGCUAUGAUAACCCUAGCAUUCUUGCAGCUGGAAGCCGGGGCCUUUACAGUGGGUCGAGGGAUGUUGCAGUUGGUGCUAUUGCAACCAGCAUAGCCGCCAUGGGAUUGAUUUCACUGCCGGAGGAAUCAGUGGUAGGCAGUGUGAUCAAGAGAUGCGUCACCCGAGGAGGAAGUUUGGAGGAUCGAAUGGAGAAACCACGUAGUGGUGCUAAUGAGGAUGAAGAUGAAGAUGAAGGUUCCUCCUCCUCCACAUCUAAGAUGAUGGGGGGAAGAGUGAACUGAUGAUGAUUUUAUUAUUAUGCUAGGCUUUUAUUUAGUCUUUUUUUUUCUUUUGGGGGGGGUUUAUUUUGUUUUUGCCAUGAAAAAUGUUGAUAUGUGAUGGGGUUAGAAUGUAAUGUCGCUGUUGUGAUCUUGAGCUGUAAUUACCCUUUUGAAUUCAGCCAUAGCAAUUUACGCGUAGGCGCGCCUUCUCUUUGUUUA